CUGAGCGCAGAAGCCGGGGCCGCCACCUGCUCUCCUGCCAGCCCGUGGGCCGCUAUCUCUGAAGAUGCCUCCCUACACCAUCACCUACUUCGCUGUCCGAGGCCGAUGCGAGGCCAUCCGGAUGCUCCUGGCGGACCAGGACCAGACAUGGAGGGAGGAAGUUCUGAAACAAGACAUGUGUCAGGCGGGGGAACUGAAGAGCAGCUGGGUCUACGGCAGGUAUCCCAAGUUGACCGACGGAGACUUCACCGUUUACCAGAGCGACGCCAUCCUGAGAUACCUGGCGCGCCAGUUCGGGCUGUACGGGAAGGAUGAUCAAGAAACUACACGCUUGGAUGUCACCAAUGAGGAUGUGGAGGACCUGCGGCGCAAGUACCUGAACUUGAUCUACUUCAAUUAUGAUAAAGACAAGGAGGAGUAUGUGAGGGAUCUGCCCAACGAGCUGAGGCUUUUUGAAGACUUGCUGAGAAACAACCAAGGAGGCAAAACCUUUAUUGUGGGCAACCAGAUCUCUUUUGUGGAUUACAACCUGCUGGACCUGCUGCGGAUCCACCAGACUCUGGCCCCCGGCUGCCUGGACGCCUUCCCCUUGCUCUUUGCUUAUGUAGACCGGCUCUCCUCCCGAUACAAGCUCAAGACCUACCUGAGCUCCCCGCAGCACACUGAUUUCCCCAUCAACUGCAAUGGCAAAGAGUGAGGGCUCCCCUGGGUCUCCUCCCGAUACAAGCUCAGAGCCUACCUGAGCUCCCUGCAGCACGCUAAUGUCCCCAUCAACCGCAAUGGCAAACGGUGAGGGCUCCCCUGUGACCUCAGCUUGCAAUAAAGGCUUUCCAGCAAACA